GAAAGGCGACGUCAUAUUCCGCGACAGAAGCCUCGGUAAAGAAGGAGAAAUGGCUGCAAGGUUACUGCUCAGAUCCGCUCUUAGAGCCGCCACCACCUGCCGGGCUGCCCCGGUUCCAGCUCUGACCCGCGGCAUGGCUGCUGGAGGGAUCCCGACCGAUGAGGAGCAGGCCACAGGGCUGGAGAAGAUCAUCAUGAAGGCGGCCAAAGAAGGAGCGGACCCCUACAACAUGCUGAAGCCCAAGGAGUACGCGGGGACCAAAGCAGAGCCUCACCUGGUCCCGUCCAUCACCAACAAGAGGAUUGUGGGCUGCGUCUGUGAGGAGGACAACACUGCCGUGGUGUGGUUCUGGCUCCACGAGGGCGCCGCCCAGCGCUGCCCUUCCUGUGGUGCCCACUACAAGCUGGUGCCCCACGCUCUCCCCCACUAACCUCCCCCCUCUGACCUGUCUAUCAUUCUGCAACCGGAUGACCUCAUCGGCCUGCGAGCUGAUUGGUUGACGAGGGAUCAUGUGACUUCCUGUACAAUGUUCUUGUUGAUGAACCAAUAAAUGAAUCUUUGCUCCUCA